AUGCGCUUCACAACAGUUCUUUUGGUCGGCCUGGCCUCCAUGGUUGCUGCGCACCCUUCUGCGAGCCCCGAGGAAGGCGCUGCUGCCAACAACUGUGGCUAUCCUAACGGCAACUGUUAUGAUAACAACUGCCAUGGCGAGCUUAGCGGUGAUCGUAUUACCUGCACCUCUGUUGUCAGUGUGGAUAUGGAUGUGGCAGCAAUGUCGGAUCAUGCAAUGAAAACGGCUGCGAUGGUCGCAACGGUCGCUGCACUAACAACUAUCUUGGCUGCUCUUGCCGUUGAGAAGGUCUAUAUGGAGGAGAGACAAAAGAGUCAGGAUAUCAUAAGCUUCUUUAGUUUCACGCAAUCAUGGCGCACAAGUCAUUAG